AUGUACAAGUCCCUUCCCCUGCUGGCCCUCGGGCUAGCUGCAUCCACCGAUUAUGUUCAUGCCCAAAAGGCCGGUUCUAUCGUCGAGGUCGGCAGCACCCUCGUUAGCGCCAUGAUGAUGUUCCUCGGUAACAACGAGAAAGUCUACAUUCUUGACAAGACGGAGGGUAACAAUGCCACCAUCGAUGGCCACCCAGCAUGGGGUUCCGUCUGGGAUAUCAAUUCACACCAGGCCGAAGUGAUGGAGGUCCUCACCAACACCUUCUGCGCAUCCGGCAUGCAUCUUCCCAACGGCUCGUUUGCCACCUUUGGCGGUAACGGUGCCAUCGGCCCCGGCGGCAAUAUUGGCAGCGUCAAGAACUCUGCCGGCUCGGGCGCUUACGACGCGACUUACGAGGACUACGACGGCACCAAGUCUAUUCGUAUCCUCAACCCUUGCUCGAGCAGCCAGGACAUGUCCAGCGCCGAGUGCCAGUGGUUCGACAACGCCACCGUCCUCUCAAUGCAGAAGCAGCGAUGGUAUUCGGCAGCUGAGGCCCUUGGUGACGGUACUAUCGCCCUCAUUGGUGGCUUCGUCAACGGUGGUUACAUCAACCGCAAUACUCCCAACACCGACCCCGAGUACGAAGGCGGUGCUGCCGAGCCCACCUACGAGUUCUAUCCCACGCGUGGCCCUGCUACUGUCAUGCAGUUCAUGAUCCAGACAUCUGGUCUCAACUCGUAUGCGCACACCUACCUCAUGCCCUCAGGAAAGAUGCUUGUUCAGGCUAACGUCUCGACGAUGCUCUGGGAUCCCGAUACCAACGAAGAGACCGCUCUCCCCAACAUGCCUGGUAAUGUUGCUCGUGUCUACCCCGCUUCUGGUGCUGUUGCUAUGCUUCCCCUGACCCCGGCCAACAACUACACCCCUACCGUCCUGUUCUGCGGUGGUACCGAUAUGCCCGACCAGUACUGGGGCAACUACUCGUUCCCUAAUUACAACACUUGGAAUUACCCAGCAUCCACCGACUGCCAACGUAUCACUCCCGAGCCUCAGGAUGGCUCUACUCCCGCGUACGAGCAGGACGAUGACCUGCUGGAGGGCCGUACCAUGGGUCAGUUCAUCGCACUCCCUGACGGUACUAUGUUGGUUGUCAACGGUGGCCGCAACGGUACGGCUGGUUACGCCCAGGCUACGGGGCAGACACCCAACUUCGGUGAUAUGGCUUACGGAGAAUCUCUUGCUGCUGGCCCUGUCGGCACCCCUGCGAUCUACAACCCUAACAUGCCCAAGGGUCAGCGUUGGUCGAACGCCGGCCUCGGCAACAGUAACAUUGCUCGCCUCUACCAUUCGUCUGCUAUCCUCCUCCCCGACGCUUCUGUCAUGAUCGCUGGCUCGAACCCCAACAUUGACGUCAACUGGACCACAAUCUACCCGACCACUUACACCGCGGAGGUCUUCUACCCUCCUUACUUCUCUGCCUCCGUCCGCCCUCAGCCAUCUGGCAUGCCUCAGACAUUGUCGUAUGGUGGUAACAUGUUCAACCUUACUGUUCCCUCCAGUUCGUACACCGGCUCCGCCAACGCCGCUGCUGCUAACACUAGUGUGGUCCUCGUACGUGGCGGCUUCACGACCCACGCGAUGAACAUGGGUCAGCGCCACAUGGAGCUACGCACGUCGUACACGGUCAAUGACGACGGGUCGUACGUGAUGCACGUCGCGCAGCCGCACCCGAACCCGAACAUCUUCCAACCCGGACCGGCGCUCCUGUUCGUCAACAUCAACGGCAUCCCCUCGAACGGGUCGUACGUCAUCCUCGGCUCGGGCAAGGUCGAGACGCAGGCAACGAGUGACGAGUCGACGCUGCCCUCGGCACAAAACUCGUCUUCGAACGCCCAGGGCUCCGGCUCGGGCAGCAACUCGGGCGGCGCUGCGUCGUCGCAUACCGGCACGAUCGUCGGCGCUGUUAUCGGCAGUGUCGCUGCCGUUGCUCUCCUCGGUGCGCUAUUUGGUGUCUGUGUUGCCCGGCGAAGGCGUGCGGCGGCGGGUCGGCAGGCCCCCUUGUCGCGCGGAAGUGCGGGUGGUGGGCCUGUGGGCCCGACGGGCACGCGCUCGGGUUCUGAGGGGGUCUAUAAUGCAUACAACGACAAGGCGUGGGGCGGCGGGAGCACGGCGAGUCUGCAGGCGCCGCUGGCGGGAGGGUAUCGCGACGAGCACGAGAUGAGAACGCCGCGCGGGAGCUUCGAUCCGGCGGGCCUCGGUCAGCGGCCGAGCGAUGUCGGGAGCUAUGCUUACGGCGGCGCUCGCGCGGGUGCUACGCCUACACCUGGCAGCAGUGGUGCGGGCGACGACUGGGAGCGGUAUAUGGCUAGUAAUGGCGGGCGGUUAUCAUAA